AUGCAGCGACCCCCAGGACCGCCAGUGCCCGGCCAGCAGCCCUCACCAGAGCAAAUCCGCGCAAUGCAGCAGCAGAUGGCCGCCGAGGCGCAACGACGUGGAAUUACCGUCCAACAAUAUAUCGAACAACUCAAGACGCAAGCAAUGCAGCAGCAUCAAGCACAGCAACAGGCACAGGCUCAACAACAAGCUGCCCAGCAGCAACAGCAGGUGCCCAUAAAGCCAGGACCCCCCAAUCCCGCCGCACUCGCUGUGGCAGGCUUCCUGCGCUCGCAAGACUUGAAACUGAGGACUUGUUUGUUGGAUGAAAAGCGGAAGGACAUGUUCAGAGUCAAACGAGCCAUUCGCGCCCUUCAGUCCCCCGCCUACGAAAAAGCCCGGGAAAAAAACACCCUCCUCCCUGAGGUGAAAGACCGACAAACUGCCGAGAACGCCUUCAAGCUCCUCCCAAUGUCCCUUCUUGCGCUCCGCGUCUCGAAAGUCGAUCCUAGCGCCGGCCACGAAGGCCACGGCCACGCGAAGACCAAGCGCGUCAAAGGCCUCUGGACAGUCCGCGUGGAGCAGCACCAAGAAGCCAACGACGACCACCACUAUGUCUGGCUAUACGAGGGAUCACAAUGGAAGCAGAAGUUGUACGCCCUGAGCGCACUGAUCGUGGUCAUCGCCGUGGUAAUGUUCCCGCUGUGGCCACUGAUCAUGCGACAGGGAGUGUGGUAUCUUAGUAUGGGCGCGCUGGGACUGAUCGGACUGUUUUUCGGAAUGGCUAUCUUCAGACUCAUCCUGUUUGUGAUCACGAUGUUUGCGAUCCCCCCCGGCUUGUGGCUGUACCCGAACUUGUUCGAGGAUGUGGGAUUCUUUGAUUCUUUCAAGCCAUUCUAUGGAUGGCAGGAGGACAAGAAGGCUAAGAGGCCCAAGAAGUCGAAGAAGGGGGCUAAUGGCAAGGCCGCCCCUGGAUCCGAAUCCGCAGAGACUGCCGCGCCUGUCACCGCGGCACCUGUCACGACACCUCAAGCUACGGGCACUGUUCCUGCUGGUACCGCCACUAAGCGCGUGCUGCACGCUCGUGUUGAGGAGGCCGACGAUGAAUAG